AGUAUUCGAAAAUACAUAAAUACUUACUAUUCAGAUAAUAUAUGGAUUUUUAUUCGAAUGCAUAAGGCCUGAGAACUUUUUGAGCGGUCCUGUACUGCAGUUGGCUCUGGAAACUGAUUUACUAGUCGCACGCAACGCAGUUGUCAAUGACUUGAACAUAAGAACUUCAAAACUGUUCACCACACAAUAUCAAAAUGGUCGAAGAAAAUAAUACCUUUGGGUUUGAGCUCAUACAAUCAUUGUACGAUAAUGAAAUUGUGAAGAAGGAAGAUGUUUUAAUUUUGUUCAUUCACUGGUAUUUAAUAAAACAUGGAUUCAAGUGCAUCGGUCUUGGCGAUUCGAAAGCAUUUAACGAGUCAGAGAAAGGGACUGAGUUACUUCCAGAUGGUUGGAAUUCACAUCCAAAUUAUACAUUUCGAUACAUAAAUGACAAAAAGUUGUAUAUAUUGCAUGGUAUAAAGUCAGACGAGGAUCUACUUACAAAUCUAUUGAAAGUUGAUGAUCAGAAUGUAUCCAGUGCUCAGUUUCCAAUUAAUCAAACUAUAAAUGGUCUUCACGGACCAUUAGAAUCUCUAAUAUCCUCGCAUCAAAGUGUUAUAAAUAUAAUUCAGAAGGAUCUUAUUGAUCCCCUGCUGCCUGGUAAUACCAUAGAUAAUUCUACUCAGACAGGGUCAAUAAAUAGAGAGGAACGCAACAUUGAGAUUGACAGAAGUCCUGAUCCUUUAAGGGUGGGACCUGCAAUACGACCUUCUUCUGUACCUCACAGAUGGGAUCCUCUAGCUGAUCCUUCAAGUGUAGGAGGUGCUGAUUUGAACCCAUUUGGACGCGGUGGCGGUGGUAUGAUUUAUGAUCCAUUUUCAACGCUCCGCAAUCCUGUGAAUCCACUUAGACCAGCUUUAGGAGUUCCUGGAAGAUUACCACCGGGCGCAGUUCCUCCACAUGCAAGAUUCGAUCCUUUUGGUCCUCCCGAUAUCGAGCAACCCAGACGACGCCAUGAUCCAGAUAAUGAUCACUUACCUCCUCCAGGAUACGAUGACAUGUUCAUGUAAAUGAAGGGAUAAAAUAAUGUAUAAGAAAUAUGUAUCAGUUACGCAUAGUUUUGUACACUUCGCUGUCUAUUAAUGUUUAUCUAAUUUUGUAAAAAAAAAAGAAAAUAACGAUAUUUAAAUAAACGAUGCCUGUUGUUUAAAAAAAAAUAGCUUGGCAUAAAAAUAUUUUAUUUUAUUAAAUUCGUCGGAUGUGAAAAGUGUCAUAACACGCUGCUUCUUCACAAAACGACUUCCAUUCUUUUUUAUUUCAUUACUGAUGUUUUACAAUAUAACAAAAUUCAUCAUUUAUAAUUUAAUCAAUGUCAUUAAUACAUCGGUAGGUAAGGAAAUUACAUUAACAAAUUAAAUACAAUAAUAAUAUAGUAAUUCUUGUUUAAAUUGCGCUAACUCGUUAAAUUUAUUUGUUUGUUUAAUCGAUUCGAAAAAGAGCGAUCGUUCUCAUCCCGUUACGUCGGUUCAAAAUAGAGGAUAUUUUCUUUGCUACCUAAGUUGUUCCUGUUCUCAGUAUUUAUAUACGAGUUGAAAAAUAUUUUCUUUAACGUAAAAGUAAAUCAAAUACGAUUCUCAUAGUCGCCAUUAUAAAAGUAAUGGCAAUUAAACGAAAAGCUACGUUUGUUCACCGAUUAAUUUUCUUGCAUAAUAAAAUGAAAUAUGACACAACGUUUCGAUUCAAUUCUUCGAGAAUAAAAAUGUCUAAAUAAUAGGGGUGUGCCGAGAUCUUGUCCGAAGUUCGCGUCUCAUCCCGAAUUACGCACACCUCUAUCAAAUACUCUGUGAGUACACGAAAUAGUAAAUAUUCAGAUCAAAAUACGUCCCUAAAUACAAUUUCACAAUAACAUCUACCAAUGCCCAUUGAUUAUCGAUUUAAAACACAGCGGAUCACGAUCCUCGUUAAUCCCGAAAAAGAUUUGAAAUACAUCAUCGUUUUUUACAAGUAGUCACGUUUCACUAAGACCGAUUAUCAAUCCCCUUCUAAUUUGCAACUAUUUUUUCGCAAAAAAUGUAUCACAGAUAAAAAAUAUUCACGCACAUUACGUAAUUACUUCUGAUAUUGAAGUACAUCUUGCCUUGAAGAAGUGAAUCGACGUGCAAAAUGAAAUUUCACAUGUUUCAAAAUUCGUUGGUAACUAUUUUUUUUUCUCUUUUCAAUGAGUCCUAGGUAUACCUAAUUAAAGUAUCAUUAUCUUACUUUAAAAGGGCUAUCAUUGAGAAACAAAAACAAAUGUUAGCGAUCAUGACAAAUUGUGUAAUAGUAAACUAAAUAAUAAUAUUAAUAAUAAUAAAUUGAACGAGUAAAAAUUAUUCAUUCAAUUUCGGAUCUAAGGCUUGAUAAGUAUUUUUUUCUUAUAAGAAUGUCCCUCGUCCCAUCCUCUGGUAAAAAAUAUUGCAGUUUUUUUUUUAACAUUACAAAAAAGGAGCUGUACCAGGUUCAAAUAUCAUUUCCAGUCUGUGAUCACGGUGAAUGUACUUUGUUUUGCGGAGUACCUAAUGAAUGAAAGAAAAUUAUGCACAAAAAGGGCAAACCUUAUCACUGGUGACGCAACAAUCGUGCAAUUAAAUUCGGUAGUCAGUUUCGUAGAAAAACCUUACGUGCUAAUCAUGAAAAGAAAACUAAGAUACAAACAGCUAACGACAAUUCACAUCAUUCUUGUACAUAAUCCCUGCCAAGUACGAAAAUAGUAAAACGAUUCACAUAUUAUAAAUACAUGUAUAGAAACGGUACAUUCACGUAUCGACAGACGCGUGAAAUGAUCUAAAUAUUACGUUCAUUAUUUUAGGAGCGAAUUUUUUUUUUCUAUUUUUUGAACACAGUUUAGUGUGGCGUACAGCGUCAUCGACAAUUUUACCAAAAUACGAUUACAAUACAUGCUUCACACAAAACGCGUAUGCAGCUUUUAAAAUUUUUUUCGAAUAAAAGUGGAUGUUUUUUCUUUAAAAUCAUUUUGGUGAAAUUGCCGUUAAGCUACGAUAAAAGUGAUAUAUAACUCUGGAGUGAUUCAUUUCACUUCGUUUCGCAAUAUUUCGUUAGUUUCAAGUUAACGCAGAUUUCAAGUCCAGUGAAAGUUAAGAAUACCUAUCAGUUCGGCAUGCCACUGGAAAUGCAACGCAAUGUUCUCUCUCGUCCGUGUUAAUAAUUUACGAAUUGAUACUAGAAGAUUUCGACUAUCUAUAAAUCACUGUAUCAGUGAUUUAUUUUAUAGAAAUUUAAUAGUUCCUUUACAGGUAUGGCAAUGAGUAAAAUAUAUGUACAUUGCAGUUCAAAGUUGAUUUGUAUUAAUUAUGUAAAAUACAAGCUGCACUUAAAAGCAGUAAUGUUGAUAGUUGAAAGAGUUUACAUUUUUAUAGAAACUUCCGGCAGAGUAGUGGCGCUUCCCUACCAAAAAUUCUAAUUUUUUAAGUAGAAAAUAAUAAAUCUGGGAAACUGAGAGUUUGGGAAUUUAAAAAUAUAGAAAUAUCAAGGUUUUAAAUUUAGAAACGCUGUAAUCUGGAAAUUUCAAAUUUUCAAAUUGAAAGAUUCAUCACCAUAAGUAUCCAUCACUGCUUCAAAUUAUACUUUUAACAUAAUAUGCACAGUCAAUUGAUUACAGCAAAAUUGUCUAUACUUACGAAUUGAAUUUAAUCGAGAUAUUAUAUCUUGAAUGAAAAUGGUAUAAUGUCUGAACCACACGCUGUUAAGGAUACAUGUUUUGCAACGAAUGCGGUAAAGAAAGAUUCGAUCAUAGCGAUCUAAAUGCAAACGCAAUAGAUCACUAAAAAAAAGUGUUGGCAAAGUAUUUAUGCAUUUUUUGCAAUCAAACAUUCUGUAAAACAUAACCUUUUAUUGCACUAAUUUCUCUAAACUACGUUUGGUGACGGUUGUGUACAAUCGCAGUACUGAAAGAACCGUCUUUUUUUGCUAAAAAUUCAUGCUAGUUUUAAAGUUCUUGUUCCAACCAUUUUUUAAAUAUUUAACAUAAAUAACGUAUUGGCUAAUGUUUACAAAUUAAUUAAUUAAUUAAGUAUUGCAUGUUUUAUUUUCUUGGACCAAAUAAAUGCAGCCUUCUAGAAUACCUAUGCACAAUUAUCUUUAAACGAGGCACUAAGUAUUACUGUAUAACGCAUAAGUUGAUCCAAUUUCUUUUAUUGUACAAUUUAUGAUCAGGAACAUUUCAAAUUCAUUACUGUUCUGAUCACGCGCACAAGGUUUCACUUGUUCUAUAACGAGUAAAGUUGAUUUAAUAAAAAGUGUAGUACAAAAAUUUCAUAAAAUCAGAAUGCAAACAAUUACAAGCAAUUCACUUUUAAAUUUCUUGCUUUAGAGAAUUAGAUGAUGAAAGAGUAUGCUUGUAACAUAUUUUAAGUAGUUCGGUUGCAUUUCCAUUGAUAGGCCUUUCAGAACAGAGUCGAUACAAUUAUGUCUCUUGUUACCAGGCGCGAAAACCUAUACAAUUAGGUAUACCAAUCAGUAUGAAUUAGUAACUUUUCACAGAAAAAAAAAA